UCGAUACGCUCAAGAAGUACGGCCAACAGAUCGGUAUGAAUAUCAACGAAACCCAUCUGUCGCGUCAAAAUGGGUUACCAGAGGGGACUCCUCAAGGAGAAGCUCUUCGAUAGGGCCGAAGAGAAGUACGGAUUCGUGAAUCUGUUCGUCUUCUUAGGCAUCGAAUCAGACGAAUGCUAUUAUGAGAUGAAGAAGUGCGGAGACAUCGACAUCGGACCACUCAAUGCAUUCAUUAACACGAAGAUGGGCGGAGACAAGCUAUGUUUAGCCACUUUGCCUCCCAUUGUGGGCAACAAACGGGUGGUUGUUAUCGGUGCAGAUGUGGCCCAUCCGUGGCCUUCAGACAAACUCUGCGCUUCUGUGGCGGCCGUCGUCGGCAAUAUCGACGCCAAUUGUAUGAAACACUACGCGACUGUCAAAGUCCAGCACCGAUACUCCGCGAAUGAGAUCAUCUUCUAUAGGGAUGGCGUCAGCGAAGGCCAGUUCAUGUAUGUCAUGGACUUCGAGAUCAGCAAAAUAAAGCUCGCCUUCCAGUCCCUCGGCGUCGGCUUUCUGUACGACGAGAACAAGUUCGGUGCGGACCAACUGCAUGAGCUCACGUACUACCUGUACUACCUGUGCCACACGUACGCCCGGUGCACCCGAAGCGUGUCGAUCCCUUCGUGUAUAUAUUACGCCCAUUUGGCGGCACAUCGAGCGCGCGGUCACAUCAAUGGUUCGAGCGGUCACUCGGAUUCGGGGUCUUCGGGCGGAAGUCCUAACAUGCGAUGGUCUAAGAGAGUGGUUCCCAACACCUCUUUAUCUCAUUCUUUCAAUUAUUACUAA